AUGCGCUUAUAUCUGGCUGUGUAUCGUAUCUGCUUCGCACUGGUUUGCUUCUUCGCUCUAUGGGCAGUAAUGAUGAUUGGGGUGCGUUCGUCCAAGGAUGGACGUGCUGCACUGCAGAAUGGUUUCUGGGGCAUCAAGUUCAUGAUCGUCAUCGGCAUUGCGAUCGGUGCGUUCUUCAUCCCAGAGACAGGGUUCGGGCCGACCUGGAUGUGGGUCGGUAUGAUUGGUGGGUUCGCGUUCAUUUUGGUGCAGCUGGUUUACAUUAUCGACUUUGCGCAUAACUGGGCUGAAGCUUGGGUGAGCAACUACGAGGAGGACGAAUCGCGUGGAUGGUUUGCGGCACUUUGCUGUGCCACCGGUGUGCAGUACGUGCUGUCGCUGACCGGUGUUGUGCUGCUGUUUGUGUACUACACCCAGUCGGAUGAUUGCGCGCUGAAUAAGUUCUUCAUCAUCUUCAAUCUGAUUCUGUGCAUCGCUGUGAGCAUUCUGUCGAUCUCGCCGAGCGUGCAGGAGGUUCAACCCAAGUCGGGACUGCUGCAAAGUUCCAUGGUGACGCUGUACACGAUCUAUCUGACCUGGUCGGCCGUUGCCAACAAUCCGGACGCCGAAUGUAAUCCCGGAUUUUUGGGCAUCAUUGGGGAAAAGUCGAGCAAGGUGCAUUUCGACAAAACGAGUAUCGUCGGCCUGAUCAUCUGGCUGCUGUGCAUCCUCUACUCUUCCAUGCGCUCGGCCAGCAACGUUUCGCAGUUUUCCGAUCCGGAAAAGCAAGAUCUUACAGCAACUCUUAGCGACGAUGGUUCGAGCGGUGCCCGUGGCAGCGAGGUACGAGACAACGAGGAGGAAGCCGUCGCAUACAAUUGGUCCCUGUUCCAUAUUGUUUUCAUAACGGCCACCCUGUACGUGAUGAUGACGCUUACCAACUGGUAUCAGCCAAACUCUUCCCUCGACACGCUGAACGCGAAUGCUGCUUCCAUGUGGGUAAAGAUGGUCUCGAGCUGGAUGUGCGUGGCACUGUACGGAUGGACUAUGGUCGCUCCGAUGGUACUUACCGACCGUGAAUUCAACUAAG